AUGCUCCUCACUUUGACCUUUGACCCCGAGGCUCCGUCUAAAGACGCCGUGAAGGACGUUUGUGUCCAGAGUCACAGGCGAGUGAGUCCGAGGCUGAUAGAGACGACAAGGGAGAAGCUGAGCAUCAGUACAGAGGAGGCUGCCGAGCUGGUCCAGUCUCUCCACGUUCUCUCCCAUCACGUCCUGUUCUACAACCUGGGUUCUCCGGAGCAGAUCCUCCAUCUGUUCCCCGACUCGUUCCACUCCAGCCUGAAGAACCUGAUCACCAAGAUCCUGCUGGAGAACAGCUCGACGUGGAGAACUGAAGCGCUCAGAGAUCAGAUCUCUCUCCCCCAGCUGAAGGAGGUGGACUGGAGAGUCGACUUGGUAACCGGCUCAGACUCAGUCAGUCGGAUGUCCAUCCCUACCGUCCUGGUUCAGCUCAAGAUGGAGGACCCGAGUCCGCUGGCGGGCGGAGAGUCGAUCUCCACAGUGACGGUGGAGUUGAGCCGGGAGUCUCUGGACCCGAUCCUGGAGAGACUGGGACGCAUCAGAGACCAGCUGUCUGCGGUGGCUGGGACAUGAGGCCGCUGAUUGGUCGGUUCAGAGGAUGACAUCAUCGAGCUGAUUGGUCGGUUCAGAGGAUGACAUCAUCGAGCUGAUUGGUCCGUUCAGAGGAUGACAUCAUCGAGCUGAUUGGUCCGUUCAGAGGAUGACAUCAUCGAGCUGAUUGGUCCGUUCAGAGGAUGACAUCAAUCGAAUAUUCACAGAACGUUUUGAGAAAUAAUUUAAGAAAUAAAUCAGUUAAAAGUU